AUGGCUAUCUCUAAUUUCUUCGUGUUCGUCUUGGCGCUUACCGGCGCAGCCCUAGGCGCCGUGACUCCGCCUCAGCCGAAGAACCCCGCCACAGUGCCGAUUCCGGUCGACGGCGGAAACGGCGUCGAUGUUCCCAAGGACUCCUGCUCGUGCAAAGCUACCACCGCCAACCUCUCCGCGGUUGUGACCACCCAGAGCCAGCAGAUCCAGAGGCUGUUGACAGAGAAUGAAAUCGCCCUCGGAGACGCCGCCUCGAUGAAGACUCAGAUUGAUCAGCUGGUACGCACGGUGGAUGUCCUCAAGACGUCUUUGCAGGUACAAGUAGCUGAAGUCUCUGCGUUGAAGCAAGGAACUCUGAAACCGCAGGUGCAGAAGUUCACAGCCUGCCCCGCCAAUUUCAAAUCCUCUCCAGAACUCCGCUCUUGUUUCCUCCGUGUUUGGAUCAGUCUUAACUGGUUCGACGCCCGGAAAUACUGUGAAGUUCGCGGCGGUCAACUUCUGUCGGUGGAUUCUGCCGCCAAGUUGGACAUCUUAAAGAACAAGGUGUUUCAGAACGAAAAUCUGGGAGACAGCUGGGCAAGCGGUUACCUGGAUGAAGCGACGGGGAAAUGGAGGUGGGUUUACACGGGGAAAGAGUUCACAUUUUCCAACUGGGAUCGCGGGGAACCAAACGCCAAACUGAACCGUGAACCGUGCCUGCAGCUCUUUAGAUCCUUUGCCUUCAACGACAAAAACUGCCAGGACGGAAACGGCUUCGUCUGUGAGUUCAGCUACGCGUGA